GCGCACUCACGGCCGCUCUCCCUCCUCGCUCCGCAGCCGCGGCCCAUGGAGCCCGCCGGCCCGGCCCCCGGCCGCCUCGGGCCGCUGCUCUGCCUGCUGCUCGCCGCGUCCUGCGCCCGGACAGGAGUGGCAGGUGAGGAGCUGCAGGUGAUUCAGCCUGAGAAGUCAGUGUCUGUCGCAGCUGGAGAGACGGCCACUCUGCGCUGCACCCUGACCUCCCUGCUCCCCGUCGGGAACGUCCAGUGGUUCAGGGGGACAGGGCCAGGCCGGGAGUUAAUCUACAAUUUCAAAGGAGGCCACUUCCCCCGAGUAACAAAUGUUGGAGACACCACAAAGAGAAACAACACGGACUAUUCCAUCCGCAUCAGUAACAUCACCCCAGCAGACACUGGUAUCUACUACUGUGUGAAGUUCCAGAAAGGGAGCCCUGAUGACGUGGAGUUUAAGUCUGGACCAGGCACCCAGCUCACCGUGAGUGCCAAACCCUCUCCCCCCGUGGUAUCAGGCCCCACGGCGAGGGCCCCGCCUGAGCAGACAGUGAGCUUCACCUGCGAGUCCCACGGCUUCUCCCCCAGAAACAUCACCCUGAAGUGGUUCAAAAAUGGGAAUGAGCUCUCAGCCUCCCAGACCAACGUGGACCCAGAAGGAGACGGCGUUUCCUACAGCGUCUCCAGCACAGCCAAGGUGGUGCUGGCCCCGGGGGAUGUUCACUCCCAGGUCAUCUGCGAGGUGGCCCACGUCACCCUGCAGGGGGGCCCUCCUCUUCGUGGGACGGCCAACAUCUCUGAGACCCUCCGAGUUCCGCCCACCUUGGAGGUUUCCCAACACCCCACGGCAGGGAACCUGGUGAACAUCACCUGCCAGGUGAACAAGUUUUACCCCCGGCACCUAAAGCUGACCUGGUUGGAGAACGGAAACGUGUCCCGAACAGAAAUGGCCUCGACACUCAUAGAGAACAAGGAUGGGACCUUUAACUGGACGAGCUGGCUCCUGGUGAACUCAUCUGCCCACAGGGAGGAUGUGGUGCUCACCUGCCAGGUGGAGCAUGACGGGCAGCCGGCGGUCACCAAACACCAUACCCUGGAGGCCUCUGCCCACCAGAAGGAGCAGGACACAGGUGGAACCCCUGAGAAGCCUCACAGUCUGAACGGUAUCUUUAUCGUGGUGGGCGUGGUGUGCGCCUUGCUGGUGGCCCUGCUGAUCGCGGCCCUCUACCUCCUCCGAAUCAGACAGAAGAAAGGUGGGUGGAUUCCCCUCCUCCUCCCCAAGAGUUUGCCCCUGGGCUGUCCUUCCAGAGGGAGAGGCCGCAAGAGCCCCGCGGCGAGGGUCCCACCUGAGCAGACAGUGAGCUUCACCUGCGAGUCCCACGGCUUCUCCCCCAGAAACAUCACCCUGAAGUGGUUCAAAAAUGGGAAUGAGCUCCCAGCCUCCCAGACCAACGUGGACCCAGAGGGAGACAACGUUUCCUACAGCAUCUCCAGCACAGCCAAGGUGGUGCUGGCCCCGGGGGAUGUUCGCUCCCAGGUCAUCUGUGAGGUGGCCCACGUCACCCUGCAGGGGGGCCCUCCUCUUCGUGGGACAGCCAACUUGUCUGAGACCCUCCGAGUUCCACCCACCCUGGAGAUUUCCCAACAGCCCACGGCAGGGAACCUGGUGAACAUCACCUGUCAGGUGAACAAGUUCUACCCCCGGCACCUAAAGCUGACCUGGUUGGAGAACGGAAACGUGUCCCGAACAGAAAUGGCCUCGCCCCUCAUAGAGAAUAAAGAUGGGACCUUUAACUGGACGAGCUGGCUCCUGGUGAACUCAUCUGCCCACAGGGAGGAUGUGAUGCUCACCUGCCAGGUGGAGCAUGACGGGCAGCCGGCGAUCACCAAACACCAUACCCUGGAGGCCUCUGCCCACCAGAAGGAGCAGGACACAGGUGGAACCCCUGAGAAGCCUCACAGUCUGAACGGUAUCUUUAUCGUGGUGGGCGUGGUGUGCGCCUUGCUGGUGGCCCUGCUGAUCGCGGCCCUCUACCUCCUCCGAAUCAGACAGAAGAAAGGCAUCAGCGACUGGGUGUCCACAGGGGGAAUAGGGGUUUGGAGAGCUGCAGACACUGGUGACGGCCACCCAGACCCCGAGUGGCAGAUCCAGGACAACAAUGACAUCACAUACGCAGACCUGAACCUGCCCAAGGGGAAGAAGCCUGCCCCCCAAGCUGCUGAGCCCAACAACCACACGGAGUAUGCCAGCAUCCAGGCGUGCCCGCCGCCUGUGCCUGAGGACACGCUCACGUACGCUGACCUGGACAUGGUCCACCUCAGCCGGGCCAAGCAGCCAGCCUCCAAGCCCGAGCCAUCCUACUCGGAGUAUGCCAGUGUCCAGGUCCAGAGGAAGUGAGCAGGACCACAGUCAUCUCUAGGGUCUGUCCCCACGAGCCUUCCUGUCCCACGUGGGGCAGCCGUGAUGAGGACAGCCAGCCCAGUUCCCGGGGGGCUGAGGUGGCGUGGGCCCGGGGACCCAAGGCUGAGGUUGGCUCUUGUCUCCCCAACUCACUUGGCUCUCCAGCAUUUCCAGGGCGGCAGCCCCCUGCCUUGCCACACAUGGAGACUGAUGUUGCCAGACCUGCCAGGGAACAGACCUGGGAACUGGCCAGAGCCAUUAGGGAUCCAAGAACUCUCAUGCCUCUCUCCACCAAUGCGUGGAUCUUGGUCAUGGUCUUAGAGACCCUUGACUGCCUCCCUGAUGCUCUGCAGCCUGAUCUUCCAGGGUGGAGAGGGAGAAAACCCCGCGUCUUCCUCCCACCACCACCACCCAACUGGGGCUUUGGGAAAAGUUUUCCCUUUAGAUCGAACUGCCCCAUCCAUGGAGAAGCUGGUAAAAGAACCUCUGGGACCCACAUCCUGAGACUUGGGGAGGUUGCUGCCAACAGUCCUGGUCUUCCCAUCGCUGGACUGAUGAGCCGCAAGCCCUGGGGGAGGAGAGGACCCUCCAAGGAACCACCACCAAGGACCAAGGGACAAAACCCUUCUCUUCCUCACCCUCCGAGACUCCUUGAGGCCCCGUCAUCCCGCCCGUGACACUCCAUGUGGACCCAACUCUCCUUUCUAGACCUGAGCUUGCUUCCUCCAGCUAGCACUAAUUCAGCAACAUCUCGCUGUGGACGCCUGUAAAUUAUUGAGAAAUGUGAAACGUGCAAUCUUGAAACUGAGGUGUUAGAAAAUUUGAUCUGUGGUGUUUUGUUUUGUUUUUUCUUAAAACAACAGCAGCGUUAUCUUGGCUCUUUGUCAUGUGUUGAAGUUCAUGGUUGGGUCUUGUGCAGUCCAAGGUUUAACAGUUGGUUGUCCUGGAGGGAUUCUUUUAGAGCAGACACUGAGUGCCUCCAGAGUCCCGAGGAUAGGGAAGAAGGUUCCGCUUUGGCUACUCCAUGGAGAUGCUUAGCCUUCUCUCCAGGACUAAAUUGGCCAUGUUCUCAGCCAAGCCACGUGGCUGGUACUAAUGCCUUCCUUGCCCCCAGUGUAGUCCAAAUCUGCCCCUUGCUUCUCGGGGCUGCCUCUUCACAGGGCGGUCCUGCCGACACCUAAUGCCUCAGUCUACUCACCCAUAGCGAGGGGAGCGGAAGGCUGCCCUCCGUCCCCUCCAUCUCACAAGCACUUUAGGGCCAUGCAGGGUAGGAAGCUGUGCCUGGCUGUUUUCCCCACCCCUUUAGCGACCUUCCCCCGUUCCAGCUCUCUGAGCUGAUCCCUACAGGAGGAAUCUUCCAUUUCUGCUCUCAAACCCUACUGGGAUCAAACUGGAAUAAGUCCAAGACAGCCAGGACUGACCCGCCUUCUGUCGCCCUGUCUCAGGAGCUUGGGCAGAGGCUGUCACCUUGUUACCCUCUGAUACCCAUCCUUCCAAUUCAGUGUGGGGGCCUAGCUGGGCCCAGGGCAAGCAGGUGUUGCAAGCCCUGUUUGUUUGGUCU